AAAAUAAAAUUAUAUAAAAUAUGUUUUAUAAAAUUUUGAAAUACAUUUUCAUAUUUAAAUGCUUGUGGCAAUCAUUCGUCGCUGCACCACUUUAACAACAUAUCAACAAAGUCGGCAAAGCAGUUAAACGCGGUCAUUCGAUUCAUUCAUUUGUUUGUAUUUGAAAUUAAUAUUUUAGUUCUACAAUUUCUAAGUUAAGUUUUUAAAAAAUAUUUUGGCAUGGCUUUUUCCCAAUCGCUAGACAUUGGGAAUAGCACUUUAUUAAAUUUAGACAGCCAGGCGCGUCACGCUAUUGACAAUGAAGUAGAAGAUGAAGGACAGCAAGAUGCUCCUAAUAACUUAAAAAAUAAAGCAGAUGUGGCCGAAGUGAUACAGGAAUCGCCGGAACAUGGUCAGCGCUCCAUACAUGGUUUAUCUAUGUUUAGCAGAUCACGCACGCAGCGGCAUUUAUCUCGAAAUAACGGCGGUAAAACAUCAGUCCAAAAUGCGAAUGUGUCCGCAAAGGAACGGAGACGACUGCGUCGAAGCAAGUCAGACUCCACACUACAGAAACCAAACACAUUAAAUGGAAGUAACAAAGCAGAGAAUUACACUGAACUUUUUCGUAGUGGAUUCACAUUUUCAAUAGAAGGUGAACAGCAAAAAAGUGCUUUUGAAAAAAGUGGAUCCGUGUUGCGUGUUUCACAAAUCGAAGCAGCAUUUGAAAUUAUAAAGGAGGAAAAGGCUGAAGUUGUAGAAGAUCUAGAUGAUAUGCUUCUGGAAGAUGAGCAGGCUGUGAAUAAUGAUUUAGAUAUGCCUAUAUCCUCUGAAGACUUAAAAGAACUUUUAGAAAAUGUGAAAAGUAUGCAAGAAGAAAAAGACAAGUCUGAUAUGGCUGCAAAUAGCUCUUUGUCUAUGUCGCAAUUAGCAGAUACUUCUGAAUGUAAGGAGAAGCCUACAGAUAUAAUAGAUGAAUUGGAUGCGUGUCAGUUGGACCAAAGUAGAUUUAUCUGCGUUGAUGCUAGCAGUUCCGAAGCAAAAGAGCAAAUAGAAAAAGAAUUGAAAAUUAGUCGCAGGGAAGUGGCUAGAGUUGAAGAAGUUUUGCAGCCAAUACAAGUGAGAAAAGAUUUGAAUGCUUCUUAUACACAAAGAAGUACCAGUUUUUCAAACUCUUCUGUUGUAACAGUUAAAAAAGGGAACGAAAACAUACGCGAUUUAGAAACAUUGAAACGAAUUAGUGCCUGGCAUUUGCCGCAUAGUGUGUUAAAGGAAUAUGAAAAGAAAGGUGUAGUAAAAAUGUUUGACUGGCAAAUAGAAUGUCUCAGUAAUCCAAAGGUUAUAUUUGAACACUGCAAUCUGGUCUACUCUGCUCCCACAUCUGCUGGUAAAUCUUUAGUCAGUGAGAUUUUACUCUUAAAAACCGUGCUUGAGCGUGGCAAAAAGGUGCUUUUCAUACUGCCCUUCAUUUCUGUGGUUCGUGAGAAAAUGUUUUACCUACAAGAUUUGUUAACCGUAGCCGGUUAUCGUGUUGAAGGUUUCUUCGGAGGCUACACACCACCUGGCGGUUUUGAUAGCAUUAAUGUUGCCAUAUGUACCAUAGAGAAAGCCAAUUCCAUUAUAAAUAAAUUAAUGGAGCAAGGUAAACUAGACGACGUAGGCACAGUGGUCGUGGAUGAAGUACACUUGAUCUCCGAUCCAGGGCGUGGUUAUAUACUGGAACUGCUAAUAGCCAAGUUAUUGUAUAUGUCACGCAAAUAUGGCUUCCAGUUGCAAGUAGUCACAAUGUCCGCCACAUUAGCCAAUGUCGAGCUGCUGAAACGUUGGUUAGACGCAGAAUUAUAUAUAACAGAUUUUCGACCAGUUGCGCUGCAGGAGAUGAUUAAAAUCGGUAAUAAAAUAUUCGAUAGCAAUUUACGUCCUUUGCGUGACAUCAACGAACCCUUACAGGGCGCGAAAUAUCCACUGCCACAAAUACAGAAUGACAAUGACCACGUAGCACAUCUAUGUAUUGAAACAUUACUAGAAAACUGCUCUGUAAUUGUAUUUUGUCCGUCUAAAGAUUGGUGUGAAAACUUAGCUACACAGUUGGCAAGCGCCAUACAAUCGCUAAUACGUAAAGACGACUUUUAUGGUAAGCGGUUGCGCGCGCAGAUAAAAAGUGACGAAAUUGAGGAAGUAAAAAAGCAGUUGCGUGAUAUACCGACAGGUCUCGACACUGUGCUCGAAAGAAUGAUCACAUUUGGCUGCGCCUUUCAUCACGCGGGACUCACAAGUGAAGAACGCGAUAUAAUCGAAGCGAGCUUCAAGUCUUGUGUUUUAAAGAUAAUUGUUGCGACCAGCACGCUCAGCUCUGGAGUUAAUCUGCCAGCGCGACGCGUAUUGAUACGUACACCAAUGUUUGGCGGUAGGCAAAUGAGCUCACUCACAUAUCGGCAAAUGAUUGGCCGCGCAGGACGCACAGGAAAGGACACUUUAGGAGAAUCGAUAUUAAUUUGCACACCUGCUAACACCCGUAUUGGCCAAGAGCUGAUACAAGCAGAUUUGAAACCAAUUUAUUCCUGCCUGGAACAAGAGAAUAGUACUCACCUUAAACGCGCAUUAUUGGAAGUGAUCUCUUCCGGUGUGGCCAUCACAAAGGAAGACAUUGAGAGCUUUGUGAACUGUACACUUUUGAGCGCGGAGAAGCAACUUAGUGAACAAGGAAAGGAUAAAAGCAAAGAUGACGAAGAACAUUUUCUGCCGUUACAACAACAACAACAAGAACAUUUCAUAACAGAUGCACUCGAUUUUCUUAUAGAAUAUGAAUUUGUACGCCUGCAAGUGGAUAGCGAAACAAAUAGAGAAAGUUAUGUAGCCACACGCUUAGGUCAAGCGUGUUUGGCUGCCUCGAUGCCGCCGACUGAUGGCUUGAUACUGUUCGCUGAACUGCAGAAAUCACGACGUUGCUUUGUGCUGGAAUCCGAACUGCAUGCUGUGUAUUUGGUGACACCUUACUCGGUGUGCUAUCAAAUGCAAGAUCUCGAUUGGUUGCUAUUUCUCGAUAUGUGGGAGAAAUUGACGCCGGCUAUGAAAAAAGUUGGUGAACUAGUUGGUGUUAAGGAGUCAUUUCUGGUGCGUGCUAUGCGCGGGCAGUCGAAAUUGGACUAUAAACUCAUGCAGAUACAUAAAAGAUUUUACACCGCGCUAGCGCUACAAGAACUGGUCAAUGAAGUACCUAUCAACACCGUGGCCGCUAAAUAUAAGUGCACGCGUGGCAUGCUACAAAGUCUGCAGCAAAUGUCGUCCACAUUUGCCGGUAUAGUCACGGCGUUUUGCAACUCUUUACAGUGGCCCACACUGUCCUUGGUUGUUUCGCAGUUUAAGGAGCGUCUCUUCUUCGGCAUACAUAGAGACUUGAUCGAUUUGAUGCGUUUGCCGGAUUUGAAUCACAAACGUGCGCGUGCACUCUUCGACGCUGGCAUCACAACGCUGGUAGAUUUAGCAAACGCUGAUAUUUUCGAAGUCGAAAAGGUUUUAUAUAACGCGCUGAGCUUUGAUUCAGCCAAACAGCAUGAUAAUGAAGCGGAUUAUGAAGCGCUGCAAAGAAACCAAGCGCGGGAAUUUUUCAUAACGGGCAAAGUGGGUUUGACAGUAGCCGAAGGCGCCAAAUUGCUAGUACAAGAAGCACGUAUUUUUGUACAAUAUGAAAUCGGUGUAGGUGGCAUUAAGUGGACGCAGGAACGUGCAAAUGAAGGGAGUUCAAUGAAUAGUUUACACAUGUCAUGCGAAGAGAAUGAAAAGGAGCAUGGCGUUAAACGUAAAAGUCUGGAGCAUGGAAAAGAGUCUGAGGUAACGCCACCAAAGUUGAAAAGACAAGAGAAUGAGGCGAAACAGCAUUCUAUAUUAAAUGAAAAACCGUCAACGAGUAAAAAUGCUUUAAUUGCGUUAAGGCAGCGAGAACUGUUGCGGGAAAAUUCCAGUUUAAACAGCAAACAAAAACAAGAAAAAGCUGAUGACACAAAAAUAUUGACAGCUCAAUCAAAUAAAACAUGCAGUAGAGAAAAACCCGUUAUAAUCAAUGCACAGAGCAAAAAUGGGGUUUUAGUUGUUGCAACUGCUGCCAAAAAUAUUAACGCCGAAGGUAAUAAAGAAAAUCUAGGUACUAGCACCGUCACCAAGAUAUCAGCAACGAGCGAGAAAGCCAAAAUUUUGCAAAUCAAAAAUAAAGUUGUAGAUAAAAAUAAAUUUGAUGAAAAAUGUGCGAAAAAUGUUCCACAAAACUCGAAAAUCGUUGCUACAGACGUUAAUUUGAAAACAGCGAAACAUGAACCUGCCCCAAAAGCAAUAAUUAUUGAGACAAAAAAGUAUACGCUACGCAAAUCUAAUGAACCUCUAGCGAUUUCAAAGCCCGCAACAAAUGAUAGUGCAAUAUUAAUACCAAAUUCGAAAAAUAAUGCAAACGGAUACACUCCCACAACUUUGCAGCAAACAGCAAGCAACAAAAAUAAACCCAACUCGGUGAAGCAAUCGCCACAAGCAACACAGGUUAUAAGCAGAGGACCGCGUCGUAGUCCACGUAACCAUCAACGAAAUUCGAAUGUCAUAAAUACUGCGGAAACCAAACCGUCACCACAAACAUACAAUGCCAACAAAAAUUCCACGAGCACAGAGAAACACUUUGACCAAUCACUUUUCCUCGCGGACGACUCCUUCGAAUUGAAUACUGGUAUCAAUGCUGCGAUUGAAGCAGCAAAGCCGCACAAUGUUGCUUCUACCAACUCAUCAAUUACAGCCAAUAAAGAAAAUGACGACGAAAUUGCCGAAUCGCAGCAAAUUGUACUAGCUGUGAUCGAUUCACCCGUGCCGGCGAAGCAUUCAGUGCAUGCCUCACGUCUGCUGCGCACAACACAACGCUUAAGAACCGCGCACAAAAGCAGUGUAACGAAGGAUGCCGCUGCCACAAACUCGCAUCGCUCUAGUUCAAUAGAAGUGUCAGAUUUAUCGCUGGAGAAUUCACUGCUUCAGAAUCCUUUGCAACUGAAUGCAUCGCAUAUUUUGAAUUGCACCAAGGUUGAUGACGCCUCCACCAAUUUUAAACGUCUUGAGAUUGUUGACAUAUGUGGUGACCAGAAACUCUUCAAUGCCGCGCUACGUGAGCUCAUGGCGGUUAAACGUUUCGGUUUCUGUAUUGGCUUGCAACAGCAGGAGAGUAAAUGCAAACCGCUAAUUGGUGGCAAUUUGCUAAUAAAUCAACGCGCCGGCAGCGAAAAUGAGGCGCAACAAGCGGUCGCAAAAGAGUUUCAAAUCGACGAUGAUACAUAUUUAGCUGGUUGUGCUUUUGGUGUCGUAGAAAAUGUAGUUUAUUAUAUGAACAUGCAGCCAGAGGGCACUUGCGCCAAUGUGACUACCGAAAUGAAAUGCAAAUUCUUAUCCUCACUGCUAACCACCGGUAAAUGCACGCUACUCUGUGUGGAUGCUAAAGAGCAGUUGAAGAUAUUGUACCGUGUUUUGGGUGAACUCAGCGAGCUGCACGUAGACCUGGAGGAUCCCAAGGAGGCCAAUUGGCUGCUGCAGCCGGAUAAAUUCAUGAGUUUCCAACAGAUGACUCACCAAUUCGCGCCGGAAUGCACAGCACUCACCAGCUUAUGUGGCAAUGGACGCGGUUAUGGUAGUUACGGCCUGGAUACAGUUAGCACUAUUAGGGCUAAGGUUAGAUGUUCAGUGGAGGCUUGCGUUACGGUACAUAUACUGAAAACCCAAAUAGAAAACCUAAAACGUAUCGGUUCAGGCCAAUUGUAUAAAUUUUUUAAAGAACUACAAAUGCCUUUGCAGAAUUCACUUUGCAAUAUGGAAUUGAUCGGCUUUCCAGCGAAUGAGGCUGCUUUGCGGAAAAUUUACCAACAAAUGCUGGAAACGAUGAAAAAACUCGAAUUGAAAGUCUACGAAAUGCAUGGUGGCAGAUUCAACUUGGGCUCUUCGAGUGCGGUGGCAAAGGUACUUGGUCUGCACCGCAAACCCAGCGGCCGCGUGAGCACUUCCCGCCAAAUACUUGAAAAGAUCGAUUCACCAAUUUCGCAAGCCAUCAUAUCCUAUCGCAAAAUAAGCACUGCAUUAUCCAAAAAUAUACAACCACUUUUGAAAUGCGUGCAAAAUGAUAGAAUACAUGGUCAGAGUAUAACCUAUACGCAGACUGGACGUAUUUCCAUGACUGAGCCCAACUUACAAAAUGUGGCCAAAAACUUUGUGGUCGCUGUGGAAGGCAGCGAAAAUGUAAUUAUAUCCUGUCGCAGCGCAUUUUUCCCAACGCAAAGUGGACGCUGCUUGCUCUCCGCAGAUUUUUGUCAGCUUGAAAUGCGCAUACUCGCGCAUCUCUCACAGGACGCAGCGCUGCUGAAAGUUAUGAACACCGAUCGCGACAUUUUCAACGCAAUAGCAGCGCGCUGGCACAAGCUGGCAGAAAAUGCUGUUUCCACGGAAUUGCGCGAUGGCACCAAGCAGAUUUGCUAUGGUAUAGUUUAUGGCAUGGGCAUGCGCAGCUUGGCCGAUGCCUUGAAGUGUACCGAACAGGAAGCAACGUCACUAUCACAGCAAUUCCAUUUGGCCUAUCCGGGUAUAAGAGCUUAUACCGAUAAAGUGGUAAAAUUUGCACGCAAUAAUGGUUAUAUUGAAACCAUCACGGGUCGUCGUCGUUAUCUGGAGCACAUAAACAGCGGUGAACCACAGCAGAAAAAACACGCUGAACGUCAGGCCAUCAAUUCGACGAUUCAAGGCUCUGCCGCCGAUAUAGCUAAGAAUGCUAUUCUACGUAUGGAGAAGAACAUCGAGAAGUACCGCGACAAAUUGGGCAUAACUAGCGCGAACGCUGUGCGUUUUGUCUUGCACAUACAUGACGAGCUGGUGUUCGAGUUGCCCACUGAGAAGGCGAAAAAAGUGGCCAAAAUCUUAAGCCUCACUAUGGAGAAUUGCGUUAAACUAAGCGUGCCGCUCAAGGUCAAACUCAAAAUGGGCCGGAGUUGGGGUGAGCUGCAAGAUAUUAAACUGUAAUAACUUGUCAGCGAGUUUUUAUUGAUAUUUAAAAUAAUAUUUACUUUUUUAAUUUGCCAAUUUUAUAUAUCAUUCAUUAAGUCACACAAAUUAUUUAUAUACUUGUAAUUUAUUCAAUAAACUCACUACAGUAAUUGUAUGCUA